AUGGGGACAGACAGCGCCUUAAAUGGGUUUAAAAUCCGAAGUGUUAAGGAUAUCUACAAAAGUUGUGAACGCAAAAAGAACACAUUGGUACAAGAACUAGGUUCUUCCAAUUUGGGAUAUUUGGAGAAAAAGUUACAACAAGAGUUACCUUAUUCUCUUAAGACGUAUUAUCCUGUCAAACUAAUCCGGAAAGGUCUUCUAAAAGACAGGCGUAUAUUGGUGGACAAAUGGCCGGACUUCCAGAUUGUGUUGGUGACUGCAGACAAACAGAAGAAGAUGUCCGCUUCACACAGGGUGUACUGUUUCUGUAAGGACGAUAACUCCUCCACUUUGUUUGAUUCCAUGCUACGCCAGGUGUCGAUCGAACUCAAGAGUUCUCUUAUCUUAUUCGGCUGUAGUCCAGGUAUCACCGAUAAAUUAAUUAGGGUGAAUGGAUCGUUUGUCCGACGUCUUGUAGAAGAUACCUGCAUGCACAUGUUACCAAGGGAGAACUUCAGAAAAGCGUAG